AUGGAAGACGGGCAUUCAAUACACGUCUCGGUAAGGGAUGAGCAGGAACACCGUCGGACGCCCAAGUGCUCGCAGAGCAGUUUGCCAACUCGGCAGCUCAGAGCUUCCCGCACUGCCCGAACGUUGCACGCUGGAAGGGGUAUAAAAGUCAACGAGGCUCGUUGGCUUCAAACCAGUCCUCCCCUCUCGAACAGGAUCCCCGGUAUUGGCACUAAAAUGUUCCCAACCUCUUCGCUCCUCGCCUUUUGCUUCGUGGCAGCGCGCCUCGUUUCUGGUCAACAAGUCGGCACCCUCCAGGCUGAAAACCACCCCUCGUUGCCUUCCCAAAAAUGCACGGCUUCGGGUUGCACAACUCAACAGACUGCUGUUGUCCUUGACUCCAACUGGCGCUGGACCCAUGCGACCAACUCGUCGACCAACUGCUACACCGGCAAUACAUGGAAUGCUCAGCUGUGCCCGGACCCCACCACCUGCACAGCCAACUGCGCUCUUGACGGAGCCGACUACGCUGGCACUUACGGUAUCACGACCUCUGGAAACGCAUUGACGCUUAAGUUUGUUACCGGAUCCAAUGUCGGAUCCCGUGUCUACCUCAUGGCGAACACGACCAACUACCAGAACUUCCAGCUCCUCAACCAGGAGUUCACCUUCGAUGUCGACAUGUCCAACUUGGGCUGUGGCUUGAACGGCGCCCUCUACCUCUCCGAGAUGCCCAUGGACGGUGGUCUUAGCUCUACCAACAAGGCCGGUGCGAAGUACGGAACGGGAUACUGCGACUCUCAGUGCCCCCAGGAUUUGAAGUUCAUCCAGGGCAAAGCCAACGUGCAAGGCUGGACUGGUUCCGCCUCCGACCCCAACUCUGGCUCGGGCUCCGUCGGCACCUGCUGCAACGAGAUGGAUAUCUGGGAAGCCAACAAGAACGCGGCUGCGUUUACUCCCCACGUCUGCUCCAGCAAGGGUCUGACUGCUUGCACCGACGCAACCACCUGUGGCACUGGAGACAACCGCUACGCGCAGACCGCCAUCUGCGACAAGGAUGGCUGUGACUUCAACUCGUACCGCAUGGGCGACCAGACCUUCCUCGGCCCCGGCAAGACCGUCGACACCAACUCCAAGUUCACCGUCGUCACCCAAUUCAUCGCCACCGGCGGCACCCUCACCGAAAUCCGCCGCAUUUACGUGCAGAACGGCAAGGUCAUCCAGAACUCCAACACCAACAUCGCCGGAAUCUCCCCUGCCGUCAACUCGAUCACGGACACCUUCUGCAAUGCGCAAAAGGGCACGUUCGGCGAUACCAACUCUUUCGAGGCCCGCGGCGGUCUGGCUGCCAUGGGUGCCGCUCUUCAGCGCGGAAUGGUUUUGGCUCUCAGUAUCUGGGACGAUCACGCCGCUGGCAUGUACUGGCUCGACAGCACCUACCCCACCAACGCUAGCACCAGCAGCCCUGGUGUGGCCCGUGGUCCCUGCAGCACCACUAGCGGUGACCCCAAGACCGUCGAGUCGACCGAGGCCAGCAACUCCGUCACCUUCAGCAACAUCAAGUUCGGUGACCUCAACAGCACCUUCAGCGCCGGCACCGGAAAUGGUAACGGAAACGGAAACGGCAAUGGCAACGGUAACGGCGGUGGAAGCACUGGCGGCGGCUCGAUCGCAGCCUGGCAACAGUGCGGUGGUAUGGGCUGGACCGGCAGCGGCACAUGUGUCAGCGGCUCGACAUGCACAGUCCUCAACCCCUACUACUCGCAAUGUAUCCCCCACUAA